AUGUAUAACGUUGCUUCAUUGAUGUCAUCAUCUCCAAUUCAAAUUGUUCCACCAAAUCGUCGUAAUAUAUCUUUAUGUUCAGUAUGUGGCGAUAAAGCAAGUGGCAAACACUAUGGUGUAAUGAGCUGCGAUGGUUGUCGCGGAUUUUUUAAAAGAAGUGUUCGACGCAAAUUAGAAUAUAAAUGUAAAGGUGAUUCAGCGUGCCAAGUUGAUGUCAACCGACGAAAUCAAUGUCAAGCAUGCCGUUUUCAACGUUGUUUAGCUGUCAAAAUGAAACCGAAUGCUGUACAAAAUGAACGAAUACCACGUCAUGGAUCUAAACGAGUAAUGCAAACUCCUUCAGUUUCUCGAGUGCAAUCUUGGACACCGCCAGCUGUAGGGUAUGUAGCAGAGUCACUUAAUAAAGUGAUGAUGCCAUUUGGUUUUCGAAAUAUACCUAUGAAUAAUACAUCGUCUCCAAUAUGGUCCGCGUCUCAAAUGUUUCUCCCCCAACAAUCUUUUAAUAUAUCGAAAUGCAGUACAUCAUCGGAUAUUUCAAAUAAUGACGAAACGCAAAUAUCAAUAAAUGAAGAUAAUUCAUCACGAGUUCUAUGCGAAAUAGCAUCAUUCGUUUUACUUGAAUCAAUACGCUGGCUUUAUUCAGUACCAUCAUUUAAAGCACUAAAUGAAUUCGAUCAAUUAGUAUUAGUUGAACAAUCAUGGUCGAUGUUAUUUAUUUUAACAUCGGCUGAAAUGAAAAAAUUUAUUGAUCAAAAUGAAAUUGAUGAUUCAGGCGAUGAUGAUAGUCCGUAUCAAUUGUUUCAAUCAAUGAUCAAAGAAUUUAUGAUUCAUUCUAUUGAUCAAAAUGAAUAUACGCUCAUGAAAUUGAUAGUUAUUUUUAAUAAUCCAAAACGACAUGAACUUCAUGAUCCAUUAAUAAUUGAAAAGUAUCAUAAAGAUGCUUUAUUUAUGUUAAAUGAAUAUACGAAAAAUUCAAAAUAUCGUCGUUUAGCUGAACUUCUUAUGUUACUAUCGAAUCUUCAAGAAAAAAUCGUUCAGAUUAAUUUAGAUAAGAUCUUUUUUCAGCAUUUAAUUAAUCGUAUAUCAAUGAAAAAUCUCUUACAUAAUAUCAUUCGUCAUCUCACUGCAUUUGUUCAAUAA